UACACAUGUCAGGAGAUUCGUUUCGAAUAGGUAUAGAAAAAUAGAAAAGUUAUAUCAAGUGUGGCGAAGAUAACAGCCUGCACGUAGCCAUGGAAUCAUUCCCGGAAACCCACCAGCUACCUCCAAUGAACAAGGUGCCGACAAGUGUGCGUCUGUGUGGCCGAUACAUGCGCGCCCUGCCUUGGAUCUGCCUGCCAAUGCUGGUGACCGGUAUAUCGAUAUUUAUCCUGAGCCACCACUACCCGGGCUCUGUGCCCAGUCCUGAGCUCCUGACUGCACUGCAGACCGCUGGACCGGUCAUACUGGGGCUGACAGUGGUGCUGUUGGUGGUCGGGAUAGCGGGCAGCUGCCACGUGGGCACCUAUCUCCUGGAGCGCCGGGAGACGGAGAUGGGCGACGAACAUACCUACCUCGACGAGAAGCAGCACGGCGGAGCGUAUCCCGUGGAGGAAGAGAAGGGUGGCACGUGAUGAGCGCAGGUGGCGUGACGUUCCAACUGUUACAAGUCUUAGUUGAUUGUGAUCAGUGUCACGGAGUCUAGCGGAGUUUCGGUAGGAUUUGUAUGAUUGAGGUAAAGUGACGCUACGCAUAAUAAGAAACUGACUCAUUUAUUGAUUGCGUAAUAUGCGUAUUGUGUGUUUAGUGCUGUUAACUAAUUUUGGUUUUGAUCCACAAAUGAAUUGUGCGUUAUCCUAUUCAUCGUUCAGAAUUGCAAAUGAAUGCGUGUAUGUGCUACACUACAGAAAACACGGGUCGAGUGUCAUAAUAAGAUAUUGCUAUCAGUUCAAUAAAAAUUAUGUAUCACAAUCA